AUGGCAUUCUCAAGAGUUGCAGCAUUACGAUCCUGCCUUCGGGCAGCGAGACCUACCGUUGCUCGUCCUCAAUUGCAUCGCCAACUCGGCCGGAGGACUUAUGCUAGUGAAGGGCAUGGAUCUGCCACUGCUGGGGGUGAUGCAGUCUGGGCCGCUGGAGCUGUUGCCGUUACGCUUCCAACAUGCUGUUCAUCUGCGAAGGUUUAUCUCAGACAUCCAGUCACACGGUCGGGAACGGACUACGCUGACUUACGCUUUUCUGAAGGGUACCUUCUCUCGGGUAAACCGAAAGACGCCCAUGGUCAUGGACAUGAUGCCUCUCACGGCGAGAAGCAUAGCGUGGUCCAUGAAGCAGUGGCUAAGGUUGAGGACAAGGCAAAGGAGGCUGUUAGCAAUUUAUCUGAGAAGGACCCCCAGGAGGAAGAAGCUGUCGAAGAAAGCGGUUCGGGCGAAUCAAUUGCCAACCCGGAUACUCCAGAUGAUCAGCCUAAGAGAGCCACCUUAACACCCACACCCGAUGUUGGGAUAGUUAAGCGUGCAAAGGAGAUAGCGGAGGACGAUAGUGAGGAAAAGAAGCAGAAGCACGAGGAAACCCACGAGGCACUGUCUAAAAACAUUGAUGCGAAGCAACAAGGUCUUUCCAAUGACGAUACAAGACAUAGCACCGACGUGACCUCUCUUCCAGGAAGGAGCAGAAAGGGGGAGGGCGACAUUGAGACAGCUAAAGUGAAGGGAUCUGUGGACAGCAAAAGACCACAGUCCGACAACGAGACGGAUUGA